CUCAUUGACUGCUGCUCCGCUUCACUGACUGACUGAGCACGAGGGCGAACACAGCCGGUUACCGAGAGGAUUUACAAAACUUUAUCGUUAAUAUUUCCACUCUUAUUUCUUUUUUAUUUUCUACCCGUUGAAUUAAUCUUCACCAUGAAGGAAAGAAGACUCACGCAGCCGUUUGUUGCGAGGUGUAAACUAGUGCUGGUCGGGGACGUCCAAUGCGGUAAAACAGCGAUGUUACAAGUCUUGGCCAAGGACUGCUAUCCAGAGACUUACGUCCCUACUGUGUUUGAGAACUACACAGCCUGUCUGGAGCUUGAAGACCAGCGUGUUGAGCUCAGCCUUUGGGACACAUCAGGUUCCCCGUACUACGACAACGUCAGACCCCUCUGCUACAGCGACUCAGAUGCAGUGCUCUUAUGCUAUGACAUCAGCCGACCAGACACAGUAGACAGUGCGCUGAAGAAGUGGAAAGCAGAGAUCCAGGACUUCUGCCCCAGCACACGGAUCCUACUAAUAGGCUGCAAGACGGACCUGCGAACAGACGUAUGCACGCGCAUGGAGCUGUCCAAUCAGAAACAGACUCCCAUCUCCCAUGAACAGGGUUCGUCCUUGGCCAAGCAGCUUGGAGCAGAAGCUUACCUGGAGUGCUCAGCGUUCACAUCAGAGAAGAGCAUCCACAGUGUCUUCCGUACUGCGGCCCUGGCCUGCAUGAACAAACUCCAGCCUGCGACUAAACCCAGCCCUAUCCGCCGCCUCUCCAAGAGACUCCUACACCUGCCCAGCAAGACAGAGCUCCUCUCCUCCACCUUCAGCAAGGAAAAGUCCAAGAGCUGCUCCAUCAUGUGAAUUCUGCUGAGAUCGUACUAAAAGAAAGCAAGGGACCAGCAGACUGCAGAUGGUUCAGCAGGGGUCCAGGGUGUGCAAGGGAAAGAGAGCAAUGAUGUGGAUUUCUACAAAGCACUCUCUCCUUUGCAGCACCCCUCCACCCCCAAACUCCCUGUCAACCACUUCAAAAAAAGUUUGCUACACUCUCUAUAUUCAACUCUGACACUAAACUUUUGAUCAUGACUUGUCACCAGCACACAGUGCAGAGAAAAAAUGUUUGAUGUUAAAAAAUAUUUCUGAUCAAUUAAAUACACCUGUACAAAGAGAGGAUAACAGGCAGCCUUUUGACCUGUUCGAUUCCUCACAUAAAGGUUGCUAUGAGGGAUUCAUCUUAAAUACGGUCAGUACCUCCUCUUUUCUACGGGGAAAGUGGUUGCAUGCAUUUGACUUCAUUACCCUGAUGAGACCCAUUUGAAAUUCUGAUAGCGGCGCCCUUUCCCAUCCAUCUCAUUAUCCGAAUGUCUCUUUAAGGUCACGAUAUGGGCUGAGUGACGAGAUGAAAUGUAAAAUCUGACAGUGACAGGAAGUGAUAUCUACAGAAAUGCAGCUCGGGAAUUUAAAAUAGUGGCCCCUUGAAGAAAUUAUUCCCCUGCCAGCCCCUUACAGUAUUUCAUUUGGAAAUUAAAGCUGACAGUGGAGAGAAAAAAAGAUGAGAGAAGGGAGGGAUUUGGCAAGCAAUAGCGUUCAUUUGCAAAGGCAGUGGGAGGACGAACUGAGAGCAACAUCUGAAGGAGCGCAAUGUGACUCAGCACUCACAUGAGCCACAAAACAGUCCAGGGUGGACGUGUUGUGACAAAAACAAACACAAAAGCCUGGGCCAUGUAAAGAUGUUUCUGUCAGAGCCCCUUUCAUCACCCAUCACCACAGCAAUCUUAAUUGUUCAAUGUUAUUAACCAUACGGCUUGAUUUUAGUGAUGUUACAAAAAUGAUGCAUCAUCUCACUUUUCCCUGCUACUUUAUGAACUGCUUAAUGGAUACCAGUUUUUGAUAUGUUCCAGCAAAAAACAACAACAUCUUGGUCUUUUAAAAAGGUAAAACAAAAGAUUUAUUUUUACACAAGCCAAACUGGAUGGAUUUAUUUUAAUGUACCAAAAGGACUCUUAGAAAUCUUUUUGGUUUUGAAUCCUCAUGGAUAUUUAAAGAGAAACAGUUCUCAACUUUGAACUUUGGACUGCGAACGUGUUAUGUGGGCCUGCUCACCAUGCGUUCAACAAGCUCCAGGUGCUGGGUUAAGCUGAAUUGUUUUGUUUUUUUUUGCCCCUGCUGCCAUUUCCAGCCUUGAUAGCUGCAUUAACACUCCCUGAGAUGAUAGGUGGGAAGGUUGAACUGAAUCACGCAAACAGGCUGGUCCUGUCUGGAGAUUUUUUUUUUCUCCUUCCUCUUUCUAUGCUUUGAAAGUAUUUUGAUUUUAUUUUUCAACUUCCCUUAAAAGUAUUCUUGACAUUUUCCAUUUAUUAAACAGCUUUUUUCUGGAUGUUCCUACUUGCUUGUAGCUGUCUUUGGUGGGAUUUUUUUGUUGUUGUUGUUGUUUUUUUGUAGCUGUUGAUGAUGUUCUUGAAUUUACUUGAGUCUUCUGGCAUUAGCGGCUGUUGACAGCUCAGCUAAUGGAGGACUUGAUGAUUGGUGGGUCUGCAUCGAGAAGCCCGGAGUUCUCUGGAUGUACAGAACACUGGAAUUUUACGUGUUGCCUAGCAACAGCGUGAGCAGGGGACAGGCCUGAGCGGGGUUCCUGCCUCACGGAGAGAGGGGAGGAAUGGCUCUCCGAGAGGGCGCCUCACCUUUUUAUAUUUGUAGCAUUAGACAGAAGCCACUGCGAAGGUGACGGCUGGACGUUUCAGGGAGCAGCGGACUGCUUAUGAUCCCUACGUGGUUUUAAAGACCCCACGCUGGUAGCUGCCACGAGUGGGUUGUUGGAAACGACAACAUGCCAUCUAAAACAUGUAUCUGUAGCUCUGCUUCAGUCAUUAUUUCACUUCUCAUUCCUGCCUAGUGCAUUAUGCUAUCCUAAACAAGCUCCAUUUGGUUUCAAUAGACAGCCGUCAUUUCACAGUUUAUCUCUUGCUCGCUUUUUGACAGACAGACUUGUUUUGUUGUACAUAUCCUUUCUCAUAAAACUGUUUAUUACAAAUCCCCAAAACGAAUGUUACUGAAGCAAAACAAUAUGGUUGCCUAUUAUGGCUUAAGUUAUUGACUGAAUUCUGUAUUUGUUAUUGUCAUAAUCUGCUUUCUUUAUUUAAAUAAAUAUGUCUGAAGUUCA